GUCAGUAGAACUUGUUUCGUUCUGAGUUAAGUCAGCCACCAGAGGAUCCCAGUGUUUGUUUGCAGUUGACAGUUUUCCACGGCACAAUCAUGAAGUUGUGCGCUACCCUUGUACUUUGUUUGUUUUGCGCGUUCACAUUGGCCGAAUCGGAGGACGCGGGUGGUUUGAAUGCAAUCUACAAGACUGUCGAAAAGUGCAGUGCGGACCGCGACGUCGGCGUCUGUCUGAAGCUGAAGGCGGUCGCUCUGAUGGACCGCGCACUCCGUCAGCCCGACGCUAUCGCCCUCACUGACUUCGUGUCCGUCGUCAAGGAUCCCUCCGCCGCCUCCGCCGCCUCUGACAACGAGUCGGAGUCCGACAUCGCCGCCCGCCUCCCCCGCAGCUAUGACGACAAGAGCCGCUCCCUCGACGAGAUGCUGUGGGACAGACUCUACAGGUUCCUGCAGACCAGGACUCUGCAGUUCAGCAUUCCCGCUGAUGUUUUGGAAGGAAGGAAGAAGAAGGACAAGGGAGGUCACAUGAUGAUCGGCGCGCUGGCGAUGGGAGGCAUGAUGAUCCAGAUGGUGAUGGCCAAGAUCGCCCUGAUCGCCGGUAAGGCGUUGCUCGUCGGUAAGAUCGCGCUUCUGCUCUCCGCGAUAAUCGGUCUGAAGAAGCUGGUCGGAGGCGGCGGGGGCGGUGACUCCCACCCGCAGGUGAUCUACGCACAUGGAGGCGGCGGCGAUCAUGGAGGCUGGGGCCGAAGCAUCCCUCUGCCUCUCGCCCACGAGGAGAACAAAGCUCAUGAGAUGGCCUACAGCGCGCAGGUGCCUCAGUGAUAAGGGGAUCCUUUUUCCUUCGAUACAUUCCUUUGGGACGACGUCAUCCUCAUUCCUAUAUGGAUGUCCUUCAUCGUCUUGAUGUCAUUCAUACAGAUGUAGAUAGAUAGGAGAGUCCUUCAGUAUUAAUAGAAAUUCUCCUUUCGAAGAGGCAUUUGAAGUAUACCAGUUCAUUUUUUGGAUUGUAAAUGAACAAAUUACGGGUAAUUUCUAAAGCUUGAUUUAAUUUAUCAACAUUGAAAAAUUAUAUUGAUCAUUACAAGCUGAUAUCUAUGAUAAUAGAUACCGGAAGAAACGGAUUCUUAAAUCUAUUUUGAUUUAUUGCAGAGAUAGAAACUAUUGUAUGGUAUAAACCAUAAAUGUAAUGAAUAAUUCAAAGCAGCAAUAAUUGAUUUAAUUGGGGUGUAUCUGAUCUGAUCUGAAUUGACGAGUCAUUAUUUCUUUGAUAGGGACGAUGACAUUGAAAUCCCAGCAACUAAAAAUACUAUUUCAUAAAAUGAUCUCUCCCAGGGAUUGAAAUGAUAACUCAUCUCACAAAUUUUUAUACAAAUCACAAAUGGCACCAAUAUUAAUCUAUUAUGAUGAAUAAUAAUGCAAUGUUGUGCCAAUGAAUGAUUAAAUCUUUGUGGUUAAUUGAACAAUUAAAUCAAUUAGUUCUGGAAUUGAAUAAAAAAUAAGAUAAUGAUAUUAGAAAGAUUUAAUGAAUAUGGUUUGUCACAUUAUGUUAUUGAAUACAGUUAUUCAGAUAUGUAACCGUAUUUUAAAUAGCUUCUAAAAAUUCAGAUCCAUCAAAUUUUCAACAAAAUAUAAGUUAAAAAUUCCUGUACAGGCUGUUCUAUUUCUUUUCUGAAACAUCACAGACGUUAAAUUUAUUUUUUUGAAGAGCCUGAUAAAUCAUGAUUGUAUUAAGUAUUUUAGGAACAGUUUUGUUUAUAUUUUUUAUUUUUGUGUCACCUUGUACAAUGAUCAUUAACUGAAGUUUAAAGAGAUGAAUGCUUUGAGAAGGAGAAUCGCGUGUUAUAUUAUUGACAAAAUAUUCUAGUUAUUGAGAAUUAUCACAUUAUUGUAAUGUAUGAUAAUAUUUAUUCUUAUCAGUGUGUAUUCUACAAUGUAGAACAUUUUUGUUAAACUUGUAUAGCUGUUACAAAGCUCAAGUCUUAUUGACUGAUUGUAUUUAUAUUGGAAUGAUUGUACAGUAUUAAGAAUUUUGAGCCAUUAUUUUGUAAAUAUUAUUAUUUAUUUGUAAAUCCUCAUCGAUAUUGAGGAUUUUGAUUUCAACUGAAACCAAAGCUAAAUUAAAAAAAAUAUUCUCGUUU